AUGCGUAAACACGUUUUCACGCGCAUUGUUGAGGAGCUAAGCGAAAGUAACAAAUACUUUCGUCAAAGGCCUGAUGCCACUGGAAGACUUGGUGCUUCGGCUUUCCAAAAAUGCACUGCGGCAAUGAGGAUGUUGGCUUAUGGUACAACAACCGAUGCAGUUGAUGAAUACCACAAAAUCGUGGCAAGUAUAGCAAGAGAUUGUCUCCAACACUUUGUUGAAGGGGUUAUCUCUAAAUUUGGACAAGAGUACCUGAGGAGGGCAACACCUGCAAAUGAAGAGCGACUUCUUCGUGAAAGUAAUGUUCGUGGAUUCCUCGGUAUGUUGGGGAGCAUUGACUACAUGCAUUGGGAGUGGAAAAAUUAUCCACGUGCAUGGAAAGGAAUGUACCAAGGAAGAAGUAAAACUGUGACCAUAAAUUUAGAAGUUGUUGCUUCCAAAGACUUGUGGAUAUGGCAUGAUUUUUUUGGCACACUUGGUUCACUAAAUGAUAUAAAUGUCCUCCAACGGUCGCCAAUGUUCGAUGAUAUUUGUGAAGGUUGA